UGAUAGGUACCUAGCGGCAGAAAACUCUCAGCAUGGCGAACGCAUCAGAAAAUUUCCUUGCAGAAUUAGCAAAGAUGAAGGUCCCAGACUUGAAAAAGGAGUGCAAGUCUCGAAACCUACCAACCAGUGGGACGAAGAAGGACCUGGUUCAAAGGUUAAAAGCUGAGAUUAAUCAAGGUUCAGUGGAUCCGGAGGAUGCAGUAGAGGAGGAGGUGGAGGCUGAUGUUGCCGAUGACUCGGUCGAGGAUGCUUUGGACCAAGUGUUAGGAGAAGAUGACACAGAUGAAAUAGCUCUGACAACAGAAGCUGACACAGCCCCUAAGGAAAGUGUGACUGUCAGUAAAGUAAAGACACCAAUCACUGCUCCUGACUCUGUCAGCAAACAAGUGUCCACCACAGGCGUCAGUGAAAAUGAUAGAUUGAAGAUGAGAGUACAGAAAUUUGGAGCCGUCAAUCCAGACCUGCAGAAACAACUUAGGGCUGAUAGGUUUGGUGUAAGCCAGAGCAAUGCAAAAGGAGGAAACAAGCUAGCUUCAGCUCCGCCUGCAGACAUGGACAAACUGAAAAAACGAGCAGAAAGAUUCGGAGCGAUCACGUCAACAGUCCUUACUAAGGUUGACGAGACCAAGAAGUUGAAGAAGCGAGCGGAGAGAUUCGGUGCUGUAACCUCGACUAACUUGUCCAAUACAGAAAACCAGGAGAAAUUGCUGAAGAGGAAGGAACGAUUCGGUGUUUCAACAAGCACAACUGACAGUUCAGAAGCUGAUGCGAAGAAAAGAAAACGAGCAGAACGGUUUGGAUUGACGUGAAUAUUUGCAGCAAUUUAUAAACAUUUCACCUCAUCCUAUUCAAGUCAAGUCAUAUAUCCCAUGCCAUAUAUAAAGGAGACCUGGAGGAUGUAACUUCACAGAAAUAGUCAGUUUCAUGUUGAUUUGUCAAUUCAAAAAUUGUAAAAGAAAAAUGGAUGAUGUAAUGUUUUAAUUUUUUUCUCGCCUUUGACAAAGUUGGGAAGCGGGACUUUGAUCUGAUUUUUUCGCAGCCUGCGACAUGUCAUCAACAUAUCCCUUUAUAGUUUUUCGUUUAGAUCAGAUGCUCAAAAAGUUUAGUCCAACAUUGACUAAAGUUGGGAUAAUCAUGUAGUUAGAAAUAAAAACACAGACUUAAUUCAUUACGGAAUUUCACCCAAAACUCAAGGGUCCAAUGACAGUCCAGGGAUAGUGGUCAUCUGAAAGUUUUAUUUCAACCAAACUUAGAAUAUAUUACAUUGUAGUAUGGACAUUUCAAGAUAUUAUUCACAGUAUUUACACAUAUUUAUAAUAUAUGAUGUAUUAAUACCCCUAAUUUGAAAAAAUUUAAGUGAAUUUUGGAGUUUGCUUAAAACUCGCUAUACUUACAAAACAGAAAAGGCCAGAUAAUUCUUUUUAUAUAAUUGCAUAUAAUUCUUGUUCUUUACGUGUGUAUCUUAAAAAUUCAGGUUAUUGAAUCUUUCAUUUUAUGUAAAUCAUUUAUUUGGUAUCCAUAUGAGUGUGCCAGUGAGAAAUGUCAUGGCUUUAGUAGAAAAAGAACUGAUGUUUGAUUAAUUUGAGAUGUUGAUUUUUAUUUAGAAUGUUAGUCUAGGUUACUGUAAAUAUCUAUAUUUUGUUGAGCUGAAAUUUGAACAUAUCAACAUAUUACUUUUGUCAUUAAUAAACUAACAGAUACACAACAUGAGAUGGAAUGAAUAUUCUAAUUGGAUUACCAGUAUAAUAUGUACAAGAUGAUUUUGUUUAAACUUGUACAUGGCCUGUAUUUCUUUAUCAUUUAGAUAUUACUAAAUGGAGUUUAUCUUGGGGUAUUGUUGUUCACUUGGAAAUAGAUGAGUCCUUUUUGUAUCAUUAUGAAUGAUAUGGUUUAAAAUUUAAAUUACAAAUCCCAGGAUCAUUCAAGAUUGAGAAAGGAGGAUAUUUUAGGGGGAGACACAUCUCUUUCUUAAAGCUUACACCAGUUAUAAAUACUUUAAUAUCCUUGAUGACUGUUCAGUAGAUUUUUAAGAUGGGUGUUAUGUCACAAUGAAAGUCUGGAAUCCUUGAUUUAAUACAUGCAUCUCUUGUUUUGUCUUAGAAAUACACAGACCUUAUACAGAGGUAAAAACAUCCGGACUUGUCCCAGUUUAGAGAAGGGUGCCUUAGGCUUGUCAAAUUACAGCAGGGAUUGUUGGGGGCCUCUCAGUAAAUCAGUUUAAGAAAUGUAUUUGUUUGUCAAUAUUAGAUUACUUUUAUGAGUAGGUUUUAGUAUGUGUAUGGAGAGAGUGGUAUACAUGUGGUUAGGUGUUUGGCUGUUUGUGCAUGCACAGAAUGUAAGGAAGAUAGAAAGUGACUGCUUUAUAAAUAGCACUAGUGUAGGUAGUAUUAUAUACCAUUUAACUAGAUUGUAUGUUAGUGUUCAAACUCGUUUCUGAUUUUCUUAACUCUGUAGACAUUUAACAAUUAAUUCUUUUCCUAAAGAUUUUAUUUCAUGAGAUAUGUUGACAUUUUUUUGUUGGACCUAGUGCAUAAAUAUUCUGGCAUGAAUGAUUUGUUUUGUCCUUUCAUUUGUUUCAUGAUCAUAAUCGCAAGGGUUAAUUUUUUACCCUGUAGCAGCAACCAUUUUGUUCACACCCCAGUAUAUAUUGAGGCCCUUAUACCAUUCAUGUGGGCUCCAGUCUACAAGAGAGAGAAACAAAAAUCAAGUCGAUCAUACUGUGUAAGGGAUUAUUUUCGUUGUAGAACUAUUUUCGUGAUGAAGAUUAUCCAGGCCACAACAAGAAACCUUUCUAAUUAACUGCUAAUUCAACUGUUUUUAAUUUGUAUAGAAACUAAAACUUCAUAGAUAUGCGAGUAGAUUUUUUUUAAUAAACACAACACUGCACGACCCCUCGCUGUUUAGAGAGAGAGAGGGAAUAUGUUUUGGUUGUUUGUAUGGAUUAUUUGAAAGAAAUCUUUUUAUUGUAAGUAAUGAAGGAGGCUACAUCGCGUUUUCUGGAUACAUUAACAAGAUGUUUUAUGAAAUAAAUCUUUUGAUAAAUU